GUCAAAUCAUUGAAAUCAAUUAAUUAACUUAUUUGAGGUUAUGUCCGCUGGCACAUCUUUGACCCGAUAGAGUUUAAAGAGUCUUUAAACCUCAUCUCUGCUCUGUUCCAUAUCCCCCUGAAGGUAGAGAUGGCCAUGAGCAAUUCCAGGGACGUGGCUGACGCAUGGUUUCACGGUAAAAUCACUCGAGAAAAUGCCGCACACCUAGUCACCUCUCUCCCGGGCAAACUGGACGGGUAUUUCUUGGUUAGGGAGAGCCUCCGAAUUCCUGGGAGCUUCGUACUGACAAUGUGGGCCGACAACACUGUCCACCACUUUCAGAUCAUUGGUCACGGUGAUGGGUGGUUUUCUGUUGACAAUGGGCCACUAUUUCAGGGACUGGAUGAGCUUAUCCAUCACUACCAAGUCAAACCUGAUGGUCUUCCCAAGAGACUCCUCGACUUUGUCCCGGGUCAACCUCCUCCCCUCUCCGCUAGAAAGAGGGUCCUUACUAACCUCCACAAGGCCGUGGCUGUGAACGAUAUUAAAAUAGUUCGUAAGUAUCUCUCGGGCCCUCCAUCACUGACCGUGGGGACUGUUGACUCGCCCAAUGCGGAGGGACAGACUCCAGUACACGAGGCAGCAAAGAGAGGAUACAUUGAGAUGGUAGCGCUGCUCGUUGAGCAUAAACCUGAUCUAUCUCUGAGGGACUCUAAAGGAUCCACAGCACUUCAUUUAGCUGCACAGAAUGGCUAUGCAGACAUUAUCAAGUUGUUAGUUGAGAAUGGUAAAGCUGAUGUACAGGAAAGAAACACCACCACAGGGUGGGUUGCACUGCACGAGGCUGCAUUCAGAGGUCAUGUUGAUUGUUGUAAGAUGCUAUUGACUCACAACGCUCCUCUAAGACCACGUACCCCUUCGCCUGACGAGGACACACCAAGGGAAUUAGCAAAUAGAUAUAAACAAGAUAAAGUUAUCAGUCUUCUUGACUGGGUAGCUGCUAAUUAUCCUAAGCCGCGGACAAACACUUCAGAAUGGCUUCACAAAGUCCUGGAUAGGAAUCAUGCUGUGGAGUACCUUCGUCAGAAUGGGCAGGUUGAUGGGAGUUUCCUAGUCCGUCCCAACUCACGGAAACCUGGAUACUACGCACUUACUCUUGUGUACAAGCAGAUGCCAUUUCAUUAUGAAAUCAUUUGUGAAUCUGAUAGAUGGUACUACAUUGAUGACGGCCCGUUAUUUGAUUCCAUAUCCUUGUGCGUUGAUCACUACAUGAUGUUUGCCGACGGCCUCCCCACAAUACUGAGGCAUCCGAUAGCACCGAUUGAUAACAGAAUAUGCCGGACGCUCAGUAAAGCCCCUCCUCCUGGCCAGCUUCUCUUUUCCCAGUCUCAACCUCUUCAUCAUACUAGGCCUCCUCUCCCAACCCCUCCCUCUAGACAGUCCUCUCGUCCUCCUGCUCCUCUGCCUCCUAUGGGUAAUGCCCCCGCACUUAAUGGCAUCCCCUCCUUCAAGACCGUCUCUGCUAACUCUUCCUCUCCCUCCUCUCUCUCUGGCCCUGCUAGUCGCUCACAUCAACCCCAUCAGGAUCCUUAUUCCAUGGUCUACAUACAGGAGAAGUCUCUUUCGCUUGGGCCCGAGCUGGGGCAGGGAGAGUUUGGAUCGGUUUUGAGGGGAACUUAUCGUAUGCCUGAUGGAAAAUCUGUCGACGUGGCUGUAAAAACAUUGAGAGUUGAUGCUAUGGGACACGGAGAAAAAGAAUUUCUUAGAGAGGCCAAGAUUAUGAUGGGCCUCCAUCAUCCUGGUAUAGUCCAGCUGAUAGGAGUCACUAAGAACAAACCUUUGAUGUUGGUACAGGAGCUCGUCCCGUGUGGUGCGCUGGUCGAUUACCUGUACGACGGCAAGUACCCAAAACCUGAAAUAAUGACACUUAAGCUCUGGGCGGCUGAGAUAGCCUCGGGGAUGAUGUAUCUGGAAAAGAAGAGGUUCGUUCACAGAGACUUGGCAGCAAGAAAUAUACUAGUGGCAUCCUCUUAUGUUGUAAAAAUCAGUGAUUUUGGUCUCUCUCGUGCAGUUGGGGCUAACAGUGAUUAUUACAAAGCAUCCCAAGGAGGAAGGUGGCCCGUGAAAUGGUAUGCACCAGAGUCCAUCAAUUAUGGCACAUUCUCACACGCCAGUGACGUGUGGAGUUACGGCGUUACAUUGUGGGAGAUGUUCUCGUAUGGUGAGCCACCCUAUGGUGAGAUGACAGGAGCUGAGGUAUUGGAUUUUAUAGAGAACAGGAACGGUCGAUUGGACAGACCUCCCACGUGUCCUCUUCCGAUAUACCAUUUGAUGCUUAACUGCUGGUCCCUGGAGACCAACCAGAGACCAACGUUUGCCGAGUUGUACGACUUCUUUAAUAAAAGUGACGACAUACCUCACAAAGAACUGUACCAGAAUCCAGGAAAACUAUAACUAUUAAUGCUAAUAUUAAUAAUAAUAAUAAUAAUAAUAGAUCCUGUGUAACUUUAUUGUCUUUUAAUUUCUGUGUGGGUGUGUGUGUAUGUUUGUGUGUGGCACUUAAUCAACUCUUGUUGUUCUAUUGUGUUUUGUUUAUUUUUCUCUCCUUUUAUGUUUUAUGUUAUCAGCUAGGCAGACUAUAAACUGCUGUGACUCACA